AUGGAGUGGUUUUUGCUGCAAUUGCCUGGACAUACGACGCACCGUUUACAACCUUUAGAUAAGGCUUUUUUUAAACCAUUGGAGACAAACUAUACACAAGCUUCAGAGAGAUGGUUCAGGAGUAAUCCUGAACGCGCAGUUACGCAAUAUCAAGUGGCAAGAGCUACUAAAUGCAGCAUAUGGAAAAGCGCGACCAUUGAGACUGCAAUAAAUGCGCUUAGAUCAUCUGGUGUUUGGCCUGUUAAUAGGCAUGUGUUCAAUUACUCCCAUUUCGUAGCAUCUGAAGUGCUUAGACCUAGUGUAAAUCCGACAAGUGAAGCUUCUAGACUUGGAAAUUAG